AUGUGUUCUCAACCAUUAAUAAUUAAUGUAAACAGACUGUUGAGUCAAAACAUGAAUGUAUGUAGUGAAUCGAAACCUGCAAAGGCGAAAGAAAAAGUGAUGUCUUACGAAGAAAAGUCCGUGGGCUCUACUCCGUUCUUUAAAUGCGAGGCGUGCCCGUUCAUGGCGCUUGCGGAAGACGAUAUUAAGUUUCACUUGUUCACCGUGCAUCCGGAUCUAGCAAAGACAAACGGGCUGGCUGACAACGUUCAGAUACCGUGUCCAGGGUGCAACAGCGUGUUCGACGCAGAGGAGACGUUGCGAACACACCUACGUAACCAUCACAAAAUGGGCUUCAAAGACGUCAAGAAAAUGAUCAAGAGUCUCGUGCAAAUAGCCCUUAAGGACGCCAAACUAAAGAAAGAAAGCACCACAAACGACCAACCCGCGGUGGAGCCUCUACCACGAAAAAUAAAUGAAAUGAGGAUACCGCAAGUGAUAGAAAUAGUGCCAGACGUGAUCACUUCCAACAACGACCUGCCGAGGGGAGUGGCCUACAUAUCCAUGGACGAGCUUCACAAAAUGAGCACUCCUAAUUUCGAAAAGGUAGACCCCAAGGAUAUCAUUCAAGAGGCGAGUAUCAACAUUGUGUACACCAACGAAGUAUCCACUCAGUACGUGAAUGUGUCUGAUGCAAGUACAAACCAACAAUGCAGUAUUGUACAGAUGCCAAGUGUGACUCCAGACCUCAUAUCAUCUAUACAUCCUCGAAAAAGCACUACUGAUGACAGUAAAUCAUCAUCCAAAGACUUAGACUCCGCGACUGCUCAAACCAAACAUUCACACAAGGAAGGGAGUGAACCACAGAUUAUUGAAAAAUUGGGGGAGUCUUGUUCUAUUGACGGAUGUCACAUACGUUUGAAGGAUGAAAAGAAUCUCGCUUAUCACAGGAAAUGUCACCAGAAUGGGCAAUAUAUGUGUCCGGAAUGUUCCAAGAUGUAUCUCAAUACAGAUGCCUUACACACACACUUAUGGAAAAUACAUUCAGUGGAUUUAGAGCUGCCAACGUGUGAGAUAUGUGGAUUCAAAACGUUCAAGAAGCAUAGACUCUUCAACAUACAUAUGAAGUGUCAUGGAAAAAUCAAAUCUCAUUUUUGUCCAGAAUGUCCAAGGUCCUUCAAGAACCCAAACCAACUGUCAAAACACAAACUUGUGCACAAGAAGGACUCGACGCCCGUGAAGUGCGGUAUUUGCCAGCGGGAGUUUCGCAGCGAGAAACGACUGAAGGCUCACAUAGCACAAGUCCACGAAAAACGGAAGCCGUUCCAGUGCUGCCAUUGUGACUAUACUGCUGCAAGAAAGGAAGAACUGAAGCUGCAUUUAAGGUCUCAUACAGGUGACAAACCGUAUUCCUGUAAUCAAUGCUCCUACAGAUCAUCCGACCACAACACUAUGAGAAGACAUAAAAGAUUGCACUCUAAAGAAGGCAUGUAUAAAUGUAAAUAUUGUCCAUACACAGCGAUACAAUCAAACAUGUACACUGCCCACCUAAUAUCUAAACAUCCAAAUAUGAAUUCAAGUGAUUUGCAUUGUUGUAUAUAUUGCCCUUUUAAGACAGUCAGUAAAGAUAAGUUCAUUCUCCACCUUACAAGUCAUACUGAUAAAGAAGGCAUACAAUUAUUAACAGAGAUUACUAAAGGAAAACCUAAUAAACCAAGUUGGACCAUACCUAGUAAGACUGAAAAGAGUGCAGAGGAUAAAGUUGAAAAUGAGAACGUCAUAGACACCACAAAGGCAGUGAAUGAAAUACCUAUCGAGGUGUAUGAUUGCGACAGUAUAUCUGAGAGCUUACCACAAACUUAUCCCAAGAACUAUUGUACUAGUACCACCAACGAUGUUCAACAAGCUAACUACGACAACCAGGUGAUUGUCACAGACUUUAAUAAAGAAGAUAAUAACUCUGAUUGUGUCAUAUCGGAAAGUUCAAACGAAACGAUGAUGGAACGGCAUCAGUAUCAGAGCAACCUUCACGACUUGCUCAACACUGCGGUAUCAAUGGAACAGAGUCUGCUCCAAAACGAGAAUGUAAUCUCGCUAGCGUCCAAUACUCUAGCAAAUAGUAUAAGUAGUAAUAUAAUGAGUAAUUUCCCCAUAAGACUGCCUCCUGUCCAAAAUUCUCUUCGGUGCAACAACAUAAUGCUCAAACCAGUCGAUAAGCUAUCACUUCCCACCACAAAAGUCACCGGCUCAAUAAUAAAACCCACCCAAAUUCUACCAGUUCCAUCCUCAAGUAAUUCUCCAGUUAACAUUUGCAUAGAAGAAGGAGCUCCGAGAAAGAAACCCAAAAUAUCUGUAAAAAGUAACCUAAUUCUAAAAGGUCCCGAUCAAGUAAACAUGUUUCACUCACAGCAGAAAAUGGCGUUUAGGAGGUUAGAGGACAAUGAGAGGUUCGGGCUUGGCGGGCCGGUGACGUUCAAUAAUUUGAUAACGACGCAGUUCAUGCAGCUGCAGCCACAGACGCCGCUGGACGAGGCCGCCGGCGACAUGUUGCCCUACCCGCAGGAGGAGAUGAUGCCCGACACCGCCACUACGCCCGUCGACACCGAAAUCACAAACGACUCCCAGAUAUUCUCCUUCAACCAGCAAAUGAACAACUCAAUGACCAUCCUACCACCUCCACAAAAGAUACAGAGUAACGAUCCAAGCUACAUUAAAAUAGAGGCGACAAUAAAACAGAACACGCAGUCGCCUAGCCUGGAGCGCAUGUGCAACGUGAACUUGCUUAACAACUCAGCAAUCGGCCGCGAAUACAAGGCCUCGCCACCUUUGGAAGAUAUCCACAAGAACAUGAGCGAGAUCAAAAACGAGGUGAAGUCUGACGCUUUUUACAACAUGGCACUGAAUAACACAGCCACCAAUCCGCCCAUAAUUGAACAGUACCUAAUGGAUAAUAUAAUAGGCGAGCAGUACUCCGGGCACAUGGAUCUGUCCACUGCGGUAGCGGACGCGCUCGAUCCGCAAAACUACGUCAUCGAGAUUGAUGAUAAUUCUGAUGACAACAAACUGUUGCCGCGAUUUGAUAUGAACAAUUUUCCACUAGAAUCAUUGUAUCUGAUGCAUAAUGAUUUUCACUUCCUUGAUAAUGAUUUAACUGGUAACAACAUUCCGAACGAAACUGUUAACGAGAUGAAUAGACUGGUCCCUGAACUGCCUGAUAGUCAAAAAGAGAGCAUAGAGGUACCCGGGGAUGUUGCCAGCGGAGAGUUUCCGACUUUCAUCCAGGGCAAGAAAGAUCCCAUGAUGAACACCCCGGUGCGGCAGACGACAAAUAAAAUAAACGUCAAAAAUAUUGAAUUAAUGAAAAACUAGAUAUAAUCAAAUGUGUAUAUUUGUAAAGACUGUUCUUAUAUCAUUAAAUGUUAAUUUAUUACAA